AUGGACUGGAACAGCCAACAGCCCACCUCUGGGGCGGGCAGAGCAGACGAGGUUGCCGAACUCAUCGAUGCGGUGAAAUCCCUCAUAGUGCCCUUCGUCAGGGAAGCAGACGACAAUGCGCACAUCAGGGCCGCCGGAGGGGACGCUCAGGCGGCAUCACGGCUUGGCAACGCCCUCAUCAGCGGCGACCUGGUCCCCGCCAAGGACCUCCACCAGCACCUACGUGAUAUCCUACCGUCGGACGAGGGCCUCGGAAAGGAUGGCCUCACCGCCGCCAUCUCGCAGAUCCUCAGGUUCAGCGUCAACACCUGGGACCAGGGCUUUCUCGACAAGCUGUAUAGCUCGACCAACGCGGUCGGCGUCGUCACCGAGAUGCUCCUGGCUGCGCUGAACACGAACCUCCAUGUCUACUCCGUCUCGCCCGCCCUGACCAUCAUCGAGAAGCUCACUGCCAAGAAACUGGCCGGGCUGUUCGGCUUCGAUGGCCCGCACGCUGGUGGCGUCACCAUCUCCGGAGGCAGUGCGUCAAACAUGACAUCCCUCGUCAUCGCCCGGUCUACGCUUUACCCAAACACCAAGGCUUGCGGCAACGGCGUGUAUGAAUUCGUCGUCUUCACCAGCGAGCAUGGCCACUACUCGGUGGAGAAGGCCGCAAUGACGUGUGGCAUAGGCAAGAGCAAUGUCUGGCUGGUCCCGGUGGACAGGGCCGGGCGGAUGAUCCCCGCGCGGCUCGCAGCCAUGGUCCAGCAGGCUCGCAAGCAGGGCUUUACACCUCUCUACGUGAACGCCACCGCCGGGUCUACUGUCCUCGGCUCGUACGAUCCGCUGGAGGAGAUCUCUGCCAUCUGCAGGGCUGAGGGGCUUUGGAUGCACGUCGAUGCCUCCUGGGGCGGGCCCGUCGUUUUUUCCGCGCAGCACCGCCACAAGCUCAAUGGCUCACACCUCGCGAACUCGGUGACGGUGAACCCCCACAAGAUGAUGAACACUCCUGUUACGUGCUCCUUCCUCCUGGGGCCGGACAUGCGCGUGUUCCACAAGGCCAACAGGACUGACGCAGACUACCUCUUCCACGGCGAUGGCGCGGACGGCGACGAGGUCUACGACCUUGCGGACCUGACCCUGCAGUGUGGCCGGCGGGGCGACAGCCUCAAGCUCGCGCUGAGCUGGGUAUACUACGGACCCAGGGGCUUUGAGAGGCAGGUUGACCACGCGUUCGACAUGGCAGCAUACCUGGCUGCACAGAUCGAGACCAGGGAGGACUUUGCAUUGGUCACGGAGACGCCUCUGCCAUGCCUGCAAGUAUGUUUUACCUACAGGUAUUCAGACGUCGCAGAGGAAAACACGACCAGAACAGCCGAGAUGGUCAGGAGGUUGAGAGGCCGGGGCUUCAUGAUCGACUACGCCGCGUUCAACGGCUCGAGGAAAGAUGUGCCCAAGGGAAGCUUCUUCAGGGUCGUGGUUAACGUGCAGACACGGAGGGAAACCUUGGACGGGCUGAUCACGGCCUUGGAAGGAGUCGGCCGUGAUCUCGGCCCAUGA